AUGCAGGCGUCCGCGCGCCUCUCCUCCUCCGCCGCCUUCAGGAAAGAGUUUAUCUUUUUGGUUCAUACGGAUUAUAGGGCAUCAAAUGAAGGCAAGUUUCCUACUAUAACAAAUAUCCGUCAGCAAAUUGGAGGCAGUCAUUACACAGUGUAUGAGGUACUUUCAGAAAUGAAGUAUAAUCAUGCAACAAAAUUACAACUGGGUAAUCCUAAGUCAGCUCCACUUCAAGGAACAGUUGAAGUCACUGAGCACCCCAUGCAAAAGGUUGAAGCCAGAGUGCUUGAAAGUCAAGUUUCUGAGCAGUCCAUGGCCGAGGAUGAUGCUGAAGUGGCUCAACAUCAAGGAACAGUUGAAGUUUCUGAGAACUCCUUACCUAAGGAUGAAGGUAAGGUGGAUCAGCUUCAAGGAACAGAGAGUGAGAGCUUUAAGGACCUAACGGACAAACCAAACCCUGGAAACCAGCAAAGGGAAAUAGAAGCUAACAAAUUCAAUUUGAAGAAUUCGAAAAAAUCUUUGGAUGCAAAUGCUUCAAAUGCAUCAGAUGAAAGUGGAAGUGACAUGACAAAUGAGGCAAAGACACAUGCCAGAGAUGACAACCCAAAGCAUGAGGAAUCCGCAAACGCGGGUCUUUUGGGCAGCCUGAAAUCUUUUGCUUAUGGCAUCAGAAACUUCUGGAAAAAUAUGUAA